AUGGUCCGCGCUGUCUCCCCGGGUCGUGUCCACUUCAGCAUGGGAACUGCGGCGUCCAGAAGGAAGAAUCUGAGGAGUGAUGCGAUAUCUUCCGUGGCCGCAAAAGUUCGGGCAGCCAGAGCAUUUGGAGAAUACUUGUCCAAUACAAAUUCAGAGAACCGCAACAGAGCAGGUCAUCUUUUGUCUGACACCUUCCCUGGCCAAGGUUUUGACUCUCCAGACAUCAGUAACUUGCACAACAACAAUCUUCCACCACAGAGCCACUCUUUGCCUAUAGCUAAGUCAAGCAAGGCUGGAGAGUCCAAUCAUAGUGCUCAGAUACGAGCCCAACCUCAGGCUAACCCACUCAAAGCUCAGGCACCUUCUAAACGUAGACUCUCUGCUGAGCGGAGCCUCUCCACAGAGAACCCACCAAGUGCCAGAGACCCAGAGGGGAGUGUGUCAGAAAAGCCAGAUAGGGUAUACACAAUCACAAAAGAGGUAAGAAUGACUCUGGGCCGCAGCAGUGAGGAAAGCCUGGAGCUGGAGGUCCUGAAGGGCGGCAGCGAUGACCCACUUUCCCAAGGGCAAUACCACAACUCUUCCUGCACCGACCAACGAGCAUCUGCUUACCGUAGUAGCCAUCACCGCCCUAACCAUUACCAUGCCCACCAGAAUCGGGGAGGCCCUUUGUCAUCAUCGCAGUCACUGCAGAGCUCUGAUAGUGCCAGUAGUAUCCGAGACUGGGGCAUGAAGAAAGGGGGUUCAAGAGAUGACAACACUCCAGACUGUGGGGCAAGCAUUCGUGCUCCGUGUCAAAGCCAGCACUUCCUGGACCUGGAUACCUCACCACGGGAUGGGGGGAAGCAGUUUAAGAAACUGGAGAGGAUGUACAGUGAGGAUAGAACAUCUACUGAUGACAGGGAAGACAAUUCUGAUAGCUGGUUCCCCAAAGAGAAUAUGUUCAGCUUUCAGACAGCAACUACGACUAUGCGGGCAAACUUCCGCAAACACCUUAGGAUGGUGGGCAGCCGAAGGAUGAAGGUCCAGACCUUUUCUGAACGCAGAGCCAAGAGUUUCAGCCGGUCGUGGAGUGACCCCACCCCUGUUAAGCCUGACUCACUGCAUGACUCCAGAGACAGUGGUGAUGUCCAGACCUCGUCAGGUACCCUCAAUGAAGGGUUGGAUGAGGAUGCGGAGUGGGGGGAUGAAAGAGAGAUGGAGAGAGUAGCCUGUGAAGGAGAUGACUUCAUCCCACCUAAAAUCAUUCUUAUAUCCUCCAAGGUUCCAAAGGCUGAAUAUGUUCCUAACAUCAUUCGUAGGGAUGACCCCUCCAUCAUUCCUAUUCUUUAUGACCACGAACAUGCUACAUUUGACGACAUCCUUGAGGAGAUCAAGAAGAAGCUGACUGCCUACAGAAAAGGCUGCAAAAUUUGGAACAUGGUUAUCUUCUGCCAAGGAGGACCAGGUCAUCUGUAUCUAUUGAAGAAUAAAGUGGCCACCUUUGCCAAAGUGGAAAAAGAGGAAGAUAUGGUCCAGUUCUGGCAGCGCCUGGGCAAGCUGAUGAGUAAGCUAAACCCUGAGCCCAACCUCAUCCACAUCAUGGGCUGCUAUGUGCUGGGGAGUGCAAAUGGAGAAAAGCUGAUUCAGACUUUGAAGAGGCUGAUGAGACCCACUUCUGUGGAAUUCAAGUCCCCACUAGAGUUAUCUGCACAGGGUAAAGAGAUGAUUGAGAUGUACUUUAACUUCCGCUUGUUCCGUCUGUGGAAAAGCCGCCAGCACUCGAAAAUGCUGGACUACGACGACCUGCUGUGAUGACAAAGCCCCAUUGUCUGGCUUGUUGGCUAGUUAUCUCACACAUGUGCUUCUGGCAGAGGCUGUGGAAAGGCCCCUAGAGCAGCUCGCAGGUAGAGCCCGGGCAGCGAGCAGCACCAGCUCAGCUGGGACUUAUUGCUCUCUCCUAAAGUGACGGAGUGGCCGAGUAGAUUCAGCUAUAGUGGUGUACCGUCUCUCCUCUAUCCACUUUCCCUUCUUGCUAAUCUCUCAGGGCAACUCGAACGAGAGAGACAAGAAAAGGGGAGAGAAGGAAAGAACUCUGCAUCCUUAGCCUAAAUGUGUCAGAACAUGCUAAAACCAGUUUGAUUUCUGAGUGUGCAGAGAAUGAUAGAUUAAACAGUUGGCAGAAGUAAACACAGCUCCUUCUUCCUGACGGUGAUUGUAUUUUUUCCACCUUUGGAUAUCAUUUCCCUUUUUAAGGUGGAGGGUUGUUUUUCCCCCCGCAUUUGUCAAAUGUAGAUGUUAGAGUUUAAAUCUAAAUAAGUGCUUAUUGGAGCAUUGGAGAAUAGAAUUCCAGCAUCUCUCUCUCUGAUGGUAUUUAAAAAAAGAUCUCAUAUUAAGUCUUAUUAAUAAAUUAGAGGUCCAUUUAACAGUUUCUUUAUUACUUGAAAAUCUAUGUAUAAGUAUUUAGUACAGACUGUUUUAUUAUCUCAGGAUGAAGCCACUGUUUGCUCCUGAGAAUUAAAUUCACUGUUCUUGUUGCAACAUCCAUUAGUGAGAUAAGGCUUUCAACGCCAGCAGGAUGUUACAACUGUCACGGUUGGUAAUCCAUGUGUUCUGUACAUUUUUAAACAGACAGUUGUAGCCCUGUAUCUUGCGUAGCGUUAACCACAUUAUAUUUUCACCUGCUGCGACAGCACAAAUUGUUCUUUCUGGAGCUGUUGGCUAUGGGGGUCAUUAUUGUGUGUGUUUAACUAGUGUGUGUUGAUAUUGCAUGCAUACAGUAUGUCAACACAGUUCGUAAGCCAUUCUGUAUUAGGAGAACGUCAAUCUAAUACUUAUAACUACUCUAUAUAGUUAGAUAGCGUAUGUGCUUUUCAAUAUUUUUCUUUUUAUUUAUUUUUAUAUUUGAGAGUAGCCUCAAAGUGAAGAGUAUCUUCCUUGCUAUUAUUUACAACACUUUUGUAUUACUAGUAAUUUUAACAAAUCUGCACUAAAAUUAAAUUACCUCUGUGUUUUGUAUUCCGAUUAUUAAAGGGAUACACCAGCUUGUGCUAUUACAUAAGAGACUAGGUUAAUUUUUAAAAGUUCGAUUGCAAAUAAAACUAUUGUCUUGGAUGCAUCGUUCAUAUUACACAAUUUACAUAGCAGAUAGGUGAUGGCCGAUUAAGCCAACAUUAGACACGUUCCAUGACAUGUUACAUAUAUAUAUACCGGUAGACCAUAUGUGACUAAUGUGGUCUAACUUGUUUUUAAUAGCGUAUACUGUACAUAGUCAAGUGAAUCUGAUCCGGCAAUGCCUUGUGUACAGCUGAAAUAGUCGGUGUUUAAUGACCAAGUACUAAUUCAGAAUAAUAUUUGUUAGAUCCAACAUAAUAGAUUUAUUCAUUUAAUAUGUACAAUAAUAAAAAAAAAUGCUAUGAUGUGUAGCAUAACUGCCAGUGUUAUCAGGAAAUUGGUGCUGUGUCAACUAGAAUGAAUUUGACAGUACAUUCCUGAAUCUGUCCUUGCCGAGAUGGUCUAAAAACACACAAUUACCUCGUCCUCAUUCAUCUUCUUUAUUAUGAUUUGAUUGCAUUUUGUGUGUGGUGCGCACGUGAAUAUCUAUGUGUGGCACCUUUUAUGAUUGUCCUCUCUUGGAUUCCUCUGAGUCAUGUCAGAUGACGAAGAAGAAAUCCAAACAUCCGGAUUGAUUCACUUUAAAGUGUAUAUGAGAACAGCUGAACAAAAUCGUCAUUUUCUAUUAUUUUCUUCACAGAUAUUGACACUGUCUGCAUGAGCGUAUUUUUUUGAAAAGUAAAUUGUGUAUUGCAGGUGUUGCAUUUGUCAAUAUAUCAUGUCCAUGAUUAUACUUGAAAAAUGAUUAUAUUUGAAAAAUAUCCAUUCUGACUAUUUUAAUUUCAUGAACUGAUAUUUAAUGUGUCAACAAAAAUCUGUUCCCAUCAACAUUUUAACAGAUUUCUGGACAAAACAUAUUCCUGCUACAUUUUUUCUUCGUGUUUUUCUGUCUUAUCAGACUAAAAAAAACUAGCACUGCUCUAUGAUUCACUUCAAGUUCUAUGAUUCACUUCAAGAAAAUUCUAAGGUUAUAUAAAUACCGAUGACACAAUGGCUAAAAAAUAUGAUCUGUUUUCUUACAUAUAAACUUGGUUCGCACUGCCGUUUCACUAUUUCUUGUUUACAACCCUUGUAUUAGAUCAAUUGAGCAUCAGUCCACAACAACUGAUAACAAAUAACAACACUGCCAGAUUGACAAGCGGUGACCCCUCCACAGACUCCCUUUGUCAGAUAUGAAUGUCAAUAUUAAAGACAAGCUGCCUCUAACGUCAACAAAUAGAAUGUGUCGAAGGAAGUUGUUGCAGUAGAGACACCACUCCCACUGCAGUCAAAACUGUAGCUCUUAUGGUUUUGAGUGAGCUUUGAUAAAUCCAGUCAUUUUUUUACCAUUUUUAUCUGUAUUAUGUAAUGUCACGUGGUAAAUAGAUUUUCAGUGUCAAAUCCUAAAACCUAUAAUGUUUAUACAUGGAAUGUUACUAUGCUCUACUAGUUUGUAGCUUAGGUUUUACAUUUCGGGAAGCUGUUUUUUUGGCCAUAGUGUGAUGUAAACACACACUCUUGUCUGCUUAUACAGUAAUAGAAAUUAACUCAGCUUCACGGUAAUGUGUGACAUUAACAAUUGUUCAUAGCCAUCAUAUCCCUUCUUGAUUAAAUGUACUGUGCUGUAGGUUUACAAAGUAUAGAAUUAUUCAAUCCAUAACAAUACAACGAGUGAAACAUUUUCCUCUAUAAUUAUUAGAUUAAUUAGCAUUUCAGAUGUAUAACAUUGUCCAAGGUGAAUUCAUUAACUCCUAGUACUGAUGAACAGCAAUGGAAGAUUUAAGACUUUUGUUCAAUCUGCUCAUUGAUUGCCUCUUGAACUAAAGCCUUACAUACAACCUAAUCACUUGGCAUUGGUCGGUGGACCAUCUUAAAUUAUGCUAUAAAAAACAUCUUGUUUCUGCAUGGAUGGAUUAUAAUUGCACAAUUUCAUAACCGGCCAAACGAAACGGUUUCAUAGGGUCAUGUUUCUGAUGAAAUUAUACACACACUAAAAAGCCAAAGUGAGUUUUUGUUGGUUAAAUGUGUAUCUUCAGACAAGAAAUGACAUUGACAAUUGCCUUUUUUGCCAUUUACACAGCUUUUUACAUUUUGAAAGUCAUUCAUGCUAUCCAUAAUCUUAUUAAAUUUGGAGGGAACAAUCUUAAUAUUUUGUAUAACCCUUGUAUUUCGAGCAUAAAGUAAACCUGAACAUACUAUCUGCUAUAUCUAUCUAUAAGUAACAACUAUACAAUUCGAACAUUGGAUAUGCCUGUACUUUAAUGAAAAGAAAAUGACGCAUCUUAACUUUGCAUCAAAAAAGAAUAGAUUAUAUCAAAAAAAUGUAAGUACUGUACCUCUUACCAUUUCUUGUCACACAUUCUUUUCUAAUUUUUAGCUGUAAUAUAUGGAUUCACCUAAUUAUAAAUUACUUUAACGCAAAAUUUGGCCAAGGUAUUAAUAAUGUUGUUCUUAACUGUAUGUACAGUACAUAUGUAUAUUGGGUGCCGUUUGUAAAGCGGCUCACACUGAAAAUAACAACAACAUUUUGUCACAUUUAGCUUCAGUGUUUAAAACAAAAAAUUGUCAAUUUCCGAGUCACUUUUUUUGCACAUGUAGAGCAAAAUCUGUCAACUUUAUAGUUAAAUCCAAAUAUUAAAUGUUAAAUCUAAAUCUCAAAUCUAAAUGCUAAAUAUAUAUUUAAAUGUGAAAUAUAUAUCUAAAUAUGAAUGUUUUAUAUAUAUAUCUAUCUAUAUAUAUAUAUAUAUAUAUAUAUAUAUAACUUCAAUGUCAAUUUAAAUAUAAAUUUAAAACUAAAUGUUAAAUCUAUAUAUAAAUGCUGAAUCCAUAUCUAAGGCGCCAGCACGCCCGCGACCCUAGUGAGGAGAAGCGGCUCAGAAAAUCGAUGGAUGGCUGGAAAGGUUGAAUCUAAAUGUUUCAGGUUGAACUAAAUAUUUAGCUAAUAUGCAAAUCCACACAUCCAAGAAAUGGAAGUACCAAAAUAAAAGCUGUUUGUUUAUAGUGCCAAAAAACAUGGAGGGGGCGGGGUUAGGGGGCGGCGGCGCUUCGUGCUGAAAUGCCUGGGUGAAAAAAAGAACCACCGCGGCAGCAACAGUUCUUUUUUUCUCCCCUCACUCCCCUUGCCACUCCAGAGUUGAUAUCCGCUCUCUUGCAGCCGGCGAACAAGCACUCUGAGGCGGCAGGCGAGUGACACUAAAUACUCAAAAUACUCGUCAAAUUAAGCUUCCAUAACUAGUUUGUUAUUUCAGGGAGUGAUAAUAUAUUUCCAAGGCUCAAUUCCCCCGUAUAAGAGGUUUUUUAUUUUUUAUUUUUUUAUGUUAUUUGAUGCUACAAACACAUAACUUUUAUUUUGGUAUGUCUGUUUCUUGGCAGUGUGGAUUUGCAUAUUGACUAAAUAUUUAGGUCAAAUUUAAAUCUAAAUUUAAAUUUCUAAAUCUAAAUUUAUAUUUAGAUAUAGAUUUAACAAAAAAUAUAUAUUUAACAUUUAGAUUUGAGAUUUAGGUGUAACAUUUAAUAUCUGGAUUUCACAAUUAAGUUGACAAAUAUUGUUCUAAAUGUGCAGAAAAGUGACUCUCGAAAAUUGUAGUUUUUUUAAACACGUUUUGAAGCUAAAUAUGACAAAAUGUUGCUGUUAUUUUUGGCAUGACAGCGUUACAAAUGGCACCCCAUAGAUGUAACCAUGACUACAUACAGAUAAUGGAGGAUGUGAAGUUUCGCAUCACAUUGCAACAUUAAAGGAUCCAUUUUAAGGAAAGGAACAGGGGUACUUGCAAAGUCAUGUAAAAGAAACCCUGGUAAUCUUUUUGGAUGUCAAAUGACACAAAAGGAACGGUGCACAUAAAAUCUCAAUGUCCAUCCAUUUUCAACACCGCUUAUCCUGGUUAGGGUCACGGGGCGCUGGAGCGAAAGGCGGACUACACCCUGAACUGGUCGCGAGUCAGUCGCAGAGCACAUAUAGACGCAGACAACCAUUCGCACUCACAUUCACACCGUCACUGAGUGGGAACUGAACCCACGCUGCCUGCACCAAAGUUAGGCGAGUGUACCACUACACCAUCAGUGACAAUCUCAAUGUCAAAAGACAAAAUAUGAAUAUACUGUAUUGGGCUUCACUUCAAUAGAGCAAUCUAGAGAUCGACCUUUGAGCACUCUCAUCAUUGUAUUUUCACGAGAAUAAACAAAUGCUUUUGUUGCUAUAUGUCUAAGGUCGAAAUACCUGUAGGUUUAGAAACCCUAUGUCAUUAAAAUGCCAAUGAGUAGGGGGGAUAGUAGGUAGAUGAAAUAGCUAUUGCCAUUAUGUGAAUCUGUUUGAGAUUUUGAAAUUACAGACAGUAUAAUAUUAAAUACAAGUUGUCUAUGUAUUGCAUCUGAAAUAAUAGCAAAGCAAUAAUGCAUUGGGAAAUAUGUUGCAUUGUUGGUUACACCAUGUGAGAGAAAUAAUUGUUUUGAUCCUCUGUUCAUUAAACUUUAGUUUCACACAA